AUGGAUAACCCACCCGCACCAAAAGUCUGUGAUCCAAUACCGGUAUCUUCAAAUGUAGGUCGAGACAGUCAGGCCAAUCCUCGUCGGGCCCCAAAAUCUCGUGAAGGUUGUCAGCGAUGCAAGGCCAAACGCUUGAAAUGUGAUGAGAAGAAGCCGCAUUGCCUUCAAUGCCUCAAGAGAAAGGCAGAAUGUUGCUAUGCUACCCAACGACUAGUCUGGUCGACGAAACAUGAAAAGGUUCUUGUGGGGAACGAUAGACCACUACCAUAUCCGGCAAGAACUCUACAGAGAGAUUUGGGGGUAUAUUUGACAUCUUCCAUGGAUACACCCCCCAGCGAUGCUAAUGUGGAAUUCAAUUUAAAGGAAGAUCAUCCCGAAAUUGUUGAUAAUGAUGAAUCCUGCGAAGGCAGCAGAAGUGGAUCUUCCCAGACGUCCGUCACCACCGCUCAGAGGAAACCUGCUACAGUUUUUACUGACAGCCUUUCCGCCAUUCGUCAUCAAUUGCAAAACUCGAGCGUACCUGAAUUCCUAGUUCAUCUUCCAACAAUGCUCGUGGAAUACUAUUUCGGUUAUAUCUGUGUAAUAUUCUCUUCCUUUGAUGGUAUGCUCAAUCCCUUCCGGUCUACUGUUGGGAAACUCUGGGACGGCUCAGCACCAAUAUACUACGCCAUUCAGAGUAUGGCUGCUGCGUAUCUUUCACAUCAUUUCCCACGCAUGUCUACUGUGGGACUUCAAAUGCAACGAGAGACAUUUAAGUGCUUGUACCAAUCGAGUCGAGCUGGAACGGAAUCUCAUGACAACAUUGACAAAACUCUCCUGACUGUGCUUUUGGUUGGCCAAACCACCGCAUGGCACAAUCCUCGAGAUCUUGGUCUGGCACACCUAAAGACGGCCAAGAGAUUGUACAAACAACGACUGGUCCGUCAAGGCCCGGAAGCGGAUACUAAAAUGCGUCGACAAAAUGAAUUUUUCGAACAGUGUAUUUUGUAUUGGGAUCUGCUUGCAGGAUUUGUCGAAGAUGAAGAAAAUAUCGUGAUGCUAGAAGAUGAGACACCACGGGAAAUCCCAACAAGCUCAACUGCAGAGAAUCACCAAAUAUUUCCGCAUCCUUGGACUGGGGUAGCGCCGAACAUACAAGUUUUAUUCGCCCAUGUAGGGCGAUUGAUUCGAUCCUAUCGAAAGUCAAGGUUCAAUCCACUGUCAAAUAUUGCACUCACUAAUUCAUUUUUUGAUUUUAAUUCGCUGCCUAUUCAACAAGAUGUUUUCCCUAGCAUCGAGUGGGCCAAUAAGGCACGACUCUUAGAAGAACAAAUACUGGCAGUGAAUUUGCCAUCCGAGACAGAACUUAUCGAUGCCGGUGACGAUAAUACCCCCGUUGGGCAGUACAUUCUGCUAGCUGAAGCAUACCGGUGCGCUGCUCUCCUAGAGAUAUAUCGAGUAUUUCCUACUAUCUACCUGAACCGGCAGCCCGACUCUCAGGAGAUUGUAUCUUUGACACCCUCGCAUUCGGCCGAAGAAUUUUUGAUAUCGCUCGCACUACAUAUCAUAUCCCUUCUCGGGAAGAUCCCACCAACGUCAGGAACUCGAUGUCUUCAACCUAUUGUCAUGAUUGUCGCCGCCAGUGAGCUCCGAUUUUCUCCAGCAUCAAUGGAUACAUUUUCUAUGGAUGCAUCAUUAGAUUCAAGUCCAUACGAAUAUUCUGGUCACGGUCAUGGUUCAGCAUCAAGUGGUACAGUGAUGUUAAACAGCAUCACUGACUUCGAAGUGGAUAUUGCGGCAGCCCGUCGGUUCAUUGUUACUCGUUUUCAAGAUUUCAAACUAUCAUUACCUGCGAAACCUAUGACGAAAGCGCUAAUACUUAUUGAAGAGACUUGGGCAAGGGCUGAUCUUGGGCAAGAAGUAUUCUGGAGUAUGUGA